AUGACAUUCAAACCAGUUCGGAAGCGAUCAUCAUGGAGUAUGAUGCGUUCUGAUUUGACUGAGGGCGGUUAUGACGUCACAGAGAUACCAUCGGUUGAAAAUGGAAUCCCACUUCCGGUCAUCGUGCAUCUUACUCUCCAAUCUGUGAAAGAUGUGAUCGAAAAGAAGCAAACUAUCAUUGGGACAUUUACCUUCGGAUUGGUAUGGACGGAUGAACGUCUAACAUGGAUACCCAGUAACUAUGGAAACCAAACAUUUAUCACAUUGCCCUCCAGAAUGAUCUGGGUGCCCAACACCAACCUUGUAAACACAAACUCUGAGGACUCCCGGAUCCCAAAGAACCCUGAAGACACCAAAGUGCACAUCAGGUACGAUGGUCGGGUCUUUCUGGAAACGACUGUCCUCCAGAGCACUCAUUGUCCAAUGAAUCUUUCAAGGUUCCCUUUCGACACGCAUAACUGCAACCUGAUGUUUCGGUCUCAGGACAUGAGUACGAGUGUCAUGCUUGUACCCGGUAACAUUCGACACCGUGACGAGGACAAACCUCUGACAUGGGACGUCCUAAGUGUGGAUCAUGUGUCUGCUCCCAUAGCGGAACUGACUGGUUACCCGGCAGUUUCGGAAUUGAUCGUGAUCGCCAGACUCCAACGGCUACCGUUUCAUUAUAUUUACGUCAUCCUGAUCCCGGCCAUGCUCAUCAAUGUCAUGGGUGUCUUUUCCUUCUUGAUCCCUCUCAAGAGCGGUGAACGCGUCUCAGCUUGUAUCUCGAUUGUUCUAGGUGUCACCAUCUUUCAGAUUGUCAUCUCCGACGCCAUGCCACAGACUGGCCGGUUGAACAGCACUCCAGAGACCGUGAAAUACCUGUCCUAUUCCUUCAUUGCUUUGGUUGGAAGCAUGAUGUGUUCGAUCUUGACUCUGAACAUCAGCUACCGCACUGGUUACAUCAAGAGCAAGGCUUUGAGGAUAUUAUUCUUUCGUGUCCUUGCCUCCAUGGUCUUCAAGGGAGACGAGGGAAGGAAGAAGAUGGCUGAAAGAAGAACAAAUUUAGUGAUGUGUCAGCCUCAGAUUAAAUCUGAUGAAACAAUCGACUGUCCUUUUCAAGAGGAUACCUGUUCCAAAACUCCACCGAAAACACAGACUUCAAAGCAAGAGGAUUCUGCAAGUACAGACAUGGAAGUAGUUGCAGGCAUCUUUGAUCGUAUUUUCUUCGUCACUUUUCUAGCGGUUGAAAUUUGGAUGCUAUCAAUGCUAGGAUCCCUCUUCCUUGCGAUGUAACAAACUGUCAUUCUUGUAUUAUUUCCUUCAUUCUUCUUCUUCUUCCUUCCCCUCUUUCUUCUUCUU